AUGAAGUAUACGUCUGUUCUGUCUGCUUCGGCAUUGACUAGCUUAGCGAGCUCAUCCGCCCUUGUACCUCGAGAAGCCAGAGUCGUCCCGCCCAAUGCACUAGAUACAUGGAAGCGUGCCUCGCCGCAGGCACCCGAUGGCUAUGCGCCAGCCGAAGUUGAUUGCCCGUCUACGCGCCCAAGUAUUCGAUCCGCCGACAAGCUUUCUCAGCGCGAGACAGACUGGCUCCAAAAGAGAAGGCCAAACACAGUGCAGCCUAUGCGCGAGUUUCUGGAACGGGUCAACAUUGAGGGCUUCGACGUUGGACAAUAUAUCAGCAACCACCAGGACAACACCACCGCCUUACCGAACAUUGCGAUCUCGUUUUCUGGUGGAGGAUACCGAGCCCUUUUGAACGGUGCAGGUGCUCUGGCAGCGUUAGAUAGCCGGACAAACAACUCGACAGGUUCGGGACAUUUGGGAGGAAUAUUGCAGGCAGCCACCUAUGUUUCGGCGCUAUCUGGUGGAGGCUGGAUGCUCGGCAGCAUCUACGCCAACAACUUUACCUCAGUUGAGUCCAUUAUCAACAAAGGCGAGGACUCGUCGAUUUGGCAAUUCCAGAACUCGCUGUUCAAAGGCCCCCCUACGGAAGGAAUCCAACUACUUUCGACUGCGCAGUACUUUGAGAACCUGGUCAGCACGACUAGGGCCAAGGCGGACUCAACUGCCGGUGACUUCAACACGUCGAUCACGGAUGUUUAUGGUCGCGGUCUCUCUUUCCAGCUCAUCAACGCCAGUGACGGAGCCCCAGCCUACACCUUCUCGUCCAUUGCGGAUGACCAAGACUUCUCAACCGGAAAUGCACCAAUGCCUAUUCUUGUGGCGGACGAGCGUUCGCCUGGAGACCUGAUUGUCUCCCUGAAUGCUACCAACUUCGAGUUCAACCCUUUCGAAAUGGGUUCCUUUGACCCUACGACCUACGGCUUUGCUCCACUGAAGUACAUUGGUUCCAACUUCAGCGAGGGUUCGCUGGCCCAAGACCAGGGCUGCGUUGCUGGAUUUGACAACCUAGGCUUUGUUAUGGGAACUAGCAGUUCCUUGUUCAACCAGAUUUUCCUUCAACUCAAUUCCUUCCAGAACAUUCCCGAGAUUCUUUUGAAUUUUGUUUCAGACAUCCUCCAGGGUAUCGGCGAGGAUGGUGACGAUAUCGCCGACUAUUCACCCAACCCUUUCUACCACUACCACAACGAGACGAACCCCAGUGCUGAUAGGGAGCGUCUGACUCUCGUUGACGGUGGCGAGGAUGGCCAGAACAUCCCCUUCAACCCGGUCAUUCAGCCGAUCCGCCAGGUCGACGUCAUCUUUGCCGUUGACUCUUCUGCUGACACUGUCGACGCGGACGACCCAUCGCAGAACUGGCCUAACGGCACUUCUCUAGUAGCAACGUAUGAGCGUGCAAGCGGAAGCCUCAUGAACAGGACGUCGUUCCCCUACAUCCCUGGCCAGGAUACGUUUGUUGCUCUGGGCAUGAACAGCCGCCCAGCAUUCUUCGGUUGCAACAGCAGCAACGUUACCACUGGUGACAACAUUCCUCCUCUGGUUGUUUACCUUCCCAACGCUCCUUAUGUCUUCUGGUCCAACCAGUCGACUUUCGGCAAGCUCGACUACACCAUCGACGAGCGCAACGGCAUGAUCGAGAACGGUUAUGAUGUCAUCACCCAGGGCAACUCGACGCGUGAGGGUGCUUCGAACUGGCCGACUUGCGUCGGAUGCGCUAUCCUCUCUAGGAGUUUGGAGCGUAACGGCGAGGCUAUCCCACAAGUGUGCCAGCAGUGCUUUACUGAUUACUGCUGGAACGGUACCACGGUUGACAGGGCGCAGAACUACACCCCUUCGAUGAUCCUUAGUCAGCUUGCCGCUACCGACAAGGACAGCGGUGUCGGAAAGUUCGUACCCAACGUACUCGGCCUUGCGAUGGUAGCAGCCGUGUCGGGAUUCCUGAUGAUAUACACAAUGGCUGUCCCUUCCCUUGAGACCGCGCCCGUACUCUCUACGCCCGAUACGCACAUCUUCGAAGACCCUACACCCGCGGUAGACACGUCCAGUCUCCCCAGACUUUCAGAUGAGCAGAUUACGCUCACGUAUGAAAUCGAGCGGACGGUCAGGGAGAUACGGGAGGGACGAUGGAAGAGGAUCGCGCUGCAGUUCCCCGAUCACAUGCUCACGGAUGCACCGAGAGUAUAUGAGCAGCUGAGUCGGGGGUUGAGCAAGGAGAGGAUGGCGCAGAAUGGAAAGCAAGAAACAAAUGGACCUGUAAAUGGUGCGACUGUAGCAGAAGAUCUCAGCACAGACAUGGGCAAGACUUCGAUAGCUGAGCAAGAGAGUAGCCAGGAGAGUCUGUUCAUACUCGGCGACACGUCGUACGGUGCGUGCUGUGUCGACGAGGUUGCUGCAGAGCACGUUGAUGCGGACGUUGUGGUACACUACGGUCGCUCAUGUCUGUCGCCUCCUUCAAAGCUACCGGUCGUAUACGUGUUUACGGAACGACCGCUGGAUCUCGAUCCGGUAGUUGCGACGUUCAAAGAGACAUACCCGGAUAAGGAGGCAAAGAUCAUACUCAUGGCCGACAUACCGUACUCACACCACGUCCCUACCCUCUACAAACGCUUAUGCGACGACGGCUACACGAAUCUGCACGCUACUGAAAUCGUCCACAACCCUUCCUCGCCGCUCCCAAACCGAACAGCACCACUCGGAACGUCAGAAACAGACGAAGCCCUCCACGACUAUGCGCUAUUCCACAUCUCCGACCCACCAACCUCACUUCUUCUCACCCUCUCCUCGCGCGUCGCCUCGAUACACAUCUAUCCCACCGAAAGCACCUCUUCCGUGGCACCCACCGCUUCGCUCACGAAUACCGCGAUGGCCCUCCGCCGCCGCUACGCCCUCCUCACUUCUCUCUCCACGACCCCCAUCUUCGGCAUCCUGAUAAAUACCCUCUCCGUAAAGAACUACAUGCACAUCCUCUCGCACGUGCAACGGCAAAUAACUGCGGCAGGCAAGAAAUACUACACGUUCGUCGUAGGUAAAGUCAAUGCGGCCAAGGUAGCCAACUUCAGUGAAGUGGGCGGCUGGGUUGUAAUCGGCUGCUGGGAGAGUAGUUUGAUUGAGAGCAGAGAGUUCUGGCGGCCGAUGAUAACGCCGUGGGAACUCAAGGUGGCGUUGCAAGGUGAUGAAGAGAGGGUGUGGACGGGGGCCUGGGAGGGCGAUUUCCAAAAGGUACUUGAUGAAGAGGUCAAGGAUGAGGGGAACAAGGCCGAUGGUAGUGUAGAGGGAACGGGUAUUGGGCAGGAGCAGGAAGAAGACGCAAAUGCGAAUGGAGAUUACGAUUCUGAAGAGGAGUCUGCGCCUCCUGAGUUUGAUCUCAGAACUGGUCGUUAUGUGUCUCAUGCGAGACCCAUGCGCUCGACCGCCACUCCGAAGGCUGUCAAUGGUAACGCGGCGUCGUCUGGUUCGGCAUUGAUCAAACGAGCGAAUGGCGAUAUCGCAGCAGUGGGAGGUGUGGCUUCACCGGGCGCUGAGUACCUGCGCUCAAACAGGACGUGGCAGGGUCUGGGCACCGACUAUCGAGACACCGAAGAUGAAGAAAAUGGUACUGGUAGUGCGAGAGCGGCUAAGAUGGAAGAGGGUAGAAGUGGGAUUGCAAAAGGUUAUGUUGUUGGUGAACAAGGAAGUAGGCACUGA